AAACUUCGGCUGUCAGUAGAAUUGCUUUCGUUGCACGUGCGAUUAUGUCCAGUUUCCCCGCAGUAUUAUAAAAUUUAUCAUUUCCCGAGGAAAACUCUCCCAAAAAGUGUUGAAAAUGAGUGAGAAAGAAGCAGCGAAUGGUGUGGAAUCUCUGAGCCUGGAAGAAAAUCCAGCAAGUGAUCAUCCGACCGAGGAAGAUGAUUAUGUUGAUCCCUGGACAGUGACCAGCAAAUCCGAUGCUGGCAUCGAUUAUGACAAAUUAAUUAAACGCUUCGGUUCCUCGAAGUUGGAUGACGAAAUUCUAGCGAGAUUCGAGAAAGUUACAGGAAAACCAUGUCAUCAUCUCCUGAGACGAGGGAUCUUCUUCUCCCAUCGGGAUUUACACACAAUUCUGACGCUCAAGGAACAGGGGAAGCCCUUCUAUCUGUACACUGGUCGGGGACCUUCCUCAGAGUCCAUGCACUUGGGCCACUUGGUUCCCUUCAUCAUCACCAAGUGGUUCCAGGAGACUUUCAACGUGCCGCUGGUGAUUCAGCUGACGGACGACGAGAAGGCUUUGUGGAAGGAUCUCAAGGUGGAGGAAACAAUGAGACUGGCCAGGGAGAAUGCUAAAGACAUCAUUGCUCUGGGCUUUGACGUCCGGAAGACUUUUAUUUUCUCCAAUCUCGACUUUAUGGGGAAAUGCCCCGAAAUGUACCAGAAUAUCAUAAGGAUCCAGAGGUGUAUCACAUUCAAUCAGGUAAAGGGUAUUUUUGGCUUCGGAGACUCCGAUGUCAUUGGGAAGAUUGGCUUUCCGGCUGCUCAGGCUGUUCCCUGCAUGUCCACAACGUUCCCUUUUAUCUUCGGCAAUCGUAAGAUCCAGUGCCUGGUUCCAUGUGCAAUUGAUCAGGAUCCCUAUUUCCGGAUGACGCGGGACGUGGCUCCGAGGUUGGGCUUCCCGAAGCCAGCCCUCCUCCAUUCCACAUUCUUCCCGGCUCUUCAGGGCGCAAGAUCAAAAAUGUCUGCCAGUGAUAUGAACUCAGCGAUCUUCCUCACGGACACUCCGAAGCAGAUCAAGACGAAGAUCAACAAGCAUGCCUUUUCCGGAGGUCAGGGAACAGUUGAGGAGCACAGAGCUCUGGGAGGCAACACGGAUAUCGAUGUGCCCUAUCAGCUACUUAAAUUUUUCCUGGAAGAUGACGAAGAGUUAGAGCAGAUUCGAGUGGCUUAUUCGUCCGGACAGAUGCUCAGUGGAGAGAUCAAGAAGAAGGCAAUUGAGACUCUGCAGCCAAUCGUGGAGGAGCAUCAAAAGCGCAGGAAACUCGUUACUGAUGAGAUCCUCAGGGAAUUUAUGUCACUGAGGAAGCUGGAAUUCUCUUAAUCCAAAAAUCUAUUGAUGCAUCGCUGGCUUAUUUUUCUACACCUUCACUUUUUAUUUAUUUGAUUGUCUCGCGCAAUAAAUGUUGCCUAAAAUUA